UCGCUUAUUCCUAGUAUGAAAACAAUAAACAACCCAGUGAACCCACUGCCUCAGAAGGACCGUAGAGCACCCGUCGCGUAUUUUCCCUGACAUUUGUGAUUAAAAGAAGAAACAGGGCGUCGGGUUGCUUUGUAUAAUCGUUGAAUAAAGCCGCUCAGCCCAAAUCCAGGUCCAAACACGAAGACUCGGGGGAUUUUGGUGUCAAAGCAUAGGAAGUUAGACGGUCUCGUCCGCUCUUGUCCACCUCAUCUCGCAUUCACUCCGUUAUUCUCGUCUGCACACAAUACCGAGGGCCCUUAAAUCUGUUAUGCAGGACUGGUCUCUUGUUCCGCCACCUCUCUGCUCCCUCUCCCCGUCUGUCGUGGCCCUAUGUCUCGGUGGCUGUUCCCCUGGUCGGGCUCAAUAAAGAAACGGGCCUGUCGGUACCUCCUACAGCACUACCUGGGCCACUUCUUGGAGGAGAGACUGAGUUUGGACCAGCUGAGUUUGGACCUGUACAAUGGCAGCGGUGUCAUUAGGGAGAUUAACUUGGAUGCUUGGUCAGUCAAUGAGUUGUUGGAGUCUUUAGGAGCUCCGCUAGAGAUUGUGGAAGGUUUUGUGAGCAGCAUUGCGGUGACUAUUCCCUGGGCGGCACUUGUGACGGACCACUGCACCCUUGAAGUCACUGGAUUGCAAAUAACAUGCAGACCCAAAUACAGAAACAAUGGGAGCUGGGACUCCCAAGGAUGGUCCUCAUGUAUGACGUCCAGCAUGCAGCUGGCCCAGGAGUGCCUGAAGGACCCACCCGAGGCAUCCGAAGAGCCACCUGCUCCCCUGGAGGGACUGGAAAUGUUUGCACAGACCAUAGAGACUGUCCUUCGUCGAAUUAAAGUCACCUUCCUGGACACCAUAGUGCGAGUAGAACACCAUCCCCUGGAUGCUGAGACGGGGGUUGCCUUAGAGAUGCGCAUCAAACGGGUGGAUUAUUGUGAUGAGGCUGUGAGAGACUCAAGCCAGACAGUGCCUGUGGACAUCCACCAGCCACCAGCCUUCCUGCACAAGAUCCUACAGCUUAACUCUGUACAGCUUCUCUAUGAGACCUUGGGAGGAAUGCAGGGGCUGAUUCAUUCUGAUGUUAUGGUGGACAGCAGGGAGGACAUGAAGAAGUCAGAUGAGGAAGAUGAAAAGGAUGAAGAUGUAGUAGAUGAUGCUUCCAAACCUCCUCAUCCAUUACCAUCCCAGAAGCCCCCUGAGCCCCUCCUGAUUGGACAAUGCUCAGGAUUCAUAGAGACGACGGUCAAAAUUAAACAAAAUGAAAUGCUGCCUGGACCCAAGUUUGAGUUGGAUGGUAAGGUUGGUUGCAUCCACCUGCUGCUCUCCCCUAGUCAGGUUACUCACCUGACGGACCUCCUAUCUGCCCUCUGCAUUGAGACAUCAGAAGGCAGCAGUGGUGGUGGGGUGUCUGGUGGGGGGGUCUCCAGACCCCUGGGUUCUGAUGAUUUGCGUUUAAUUGAGGAAGAUCUCAGUAAACAGCUAAGUGCAGAGAUGAUGGACAGAGAUAUGGAGCUGGAUGCAGAACCCUAUGUCACCAGUAUGGAGAAUGGAGAGAUGUUUUUCUCGAUGGGUCCCGGCAAUAUGACCAGCAGUGUGUUGUCCACACGCUCUGGCAGUGAAAUGUCUGACAGCAUGGAGUCGUCCAUUCACAGUCAGAGUAGUGUAUCAAACCCUCUGUCGUCACAGGGAAUGGUUAACUGUCCUCGUCGUUAUCCUGUACCAGGAUCCUUAACUAGUUUGCCGCAAUGUAGCAGACCUUCAAAACGGUCAUCCCGUGGUGGCCAAUCAGAACCACUAAAACCAGACUCCUUAAUCCGCCUCUCUCUGGGUGGAGUCACUCUGACCCUGCUGGAGCAGGAACCGCCUACCAGGCCCGACGGGCACUCCUCAUUGGCCGAGGUGUCACAGCUGUUUUUUAAAGAACUUGCUUUCUUUAAAGACAGCAUGUUUAGCGAGAGAGACUUCCAGAAUCUGCGAGGGAGUUUUUCUAAGGCGUGUCCACACUCUCACAUCAGGUUGACCGGUGCCGCUGUGCAGCUGGUGUGUGAGAUGCGUAGCGCAGGGAAGCACAUCCGAGCCAUGACCUCUGACCUCUCAUUCAGCAGGCUGGAACUACUGGAGUCCCUGUGGGAUUCUGGUGGUCCACAGUACACAGAGCUUUUGCAGUUUCAGUCGGCUGGUAGCUUCACGAUGGGCACUGCUACAAGACCCUGUGCUCAGUUUCACCACAGUCUUUGUGAGAAGCACAUGCGCAAGAGUGGAACCAGACGGCGUGUGGUGCGCAGAGAUAGUGCCCUACAGGUUGAGCUCGAAGAACUGAACUCUGAGUUGGACCUGGAUAUUUUAGGUCGACUGGAGUACAUCUUGCAAGCUCUGAGUCACUGCCCAACACCACCUAAAAGAGCACACAGUGCUGAGCCUCAGUUGUUAGAGCUGCACUCCUCUCUGGUGCUUCAAUCUCCUCACGCUGUACUGAAGGUGCGUUUCCCUAUCCCUGACCUUCGACCCCCAGGACUGAGACGACCUCUCAGCCAGCGUGCGGUGCGUAGUGAGAUCUUGAGUUUGCAGAUCUCCAACCUGGAGCUGAAGUCUCAACAGGGGCCAGAUGUUCCUCAGGAGAGCCCCUCGAGCCCUGGAGCCAAACUUACCAAACUGCUGGAGGCUUGUUUCACAGAUCUGCAUGGAGUGUAUGAAGGCUGGGAAGGGGAGGCAUUUCCCUGUAUCCGUGUACAGAAGAGUCCAGAUCCACACAACCCUGAGUCCAUGCCCAGGAUCCAGGUGCGUGUGCAUGAGGGAGCGGCAGGGUCUGAAAACAGAGGUCCGUGUGAAGGUCUGAAUGGAGAUUUAGGUCUGGGCUCUGUGUCCCUGGAGAAUCCCUGUGAGCUCCGAGAGAAGAACAGCUCUCCAUUCUCAUCCAACCGCACUAUGUUUGAGACAGAGGAGAUGGUGAUACCAGCAGACCCAGAGGAAAUGAAGGAGUUUCAGUCUCAAUGUAUAUCUCAAUGUCAGUAUGUGGUUGAUAUCACGUUUCCUGUAGCAUGUGUCCUCCUGCCCAGUAAAGAAGCCUUCCAGAGCAUAUACAACAGGAUUAAUAAUGAUCUGUUGAUGUGGGAGCCCCCUCCCUCUCCACCUCCCCAAGCACCCUCCUCUUCCUUACACCGUAGUCCCUCACAUCAUCGCAGACCUGAAGAUGAUGAGUUUUACCUUUGUAAAUCUGCCUUCAGACUGGAAUCGGACUCUGAGGAGGAAGAUACUCAGUUUUACUCAGCCAGCCAAUCGAAGCGAAGGAAACAAGUGGAGCCCCAGUCUAGCCACGGACUCAGCUUGCUCUGUUUAACUGUGCUGAUCGGCAAAGGUCGCCUUCAGGCCGUGACUGACUGCAAGAAUGAAGCUGGCCGCAAAGUGGAAGAUUGUCACGGGGAACUCGUUUUGGAUUUAGAAGGGGGGAAGAUUUUUAGUGUGUCGCAACAUCUGAACAAUCCCAAUCUUAACUUCCUGACCAUAGAGAGCAGAAAAGUGGAGCUCUAUCAUAAAGCGGAGGUAGCCGACUCUCCUAUCCCUGCAAGAUUGGAAAUGCCCAGAUUCACUGCCCCCGGCUAUCUGGACCCUACCAUUUACCCCACGGAGGUGGGGGUGAGCAGCGUCGGUGGACGGGAAUCUGACAUUCAAAUGCUGUCGACCGCCAUUAAAAUCACAUUAGACCUUGAGAGAAAUGUCAAGGAGUUUGUGGUUGCAUUGCGACUCCAUGGUGCUACUUUACGACAUCACAUGGCAUUGACCAAUCACAGCUGGCAUGAACAGAUAGUUGAUUUCCUUGAUGUUAUAGAUGAUGACAUUUUAGGAUACACCGCACCUGCUGUCAUUACAGUACUACACACUCAUCUGGCCACCUGCGCGGUUGACUACAGACCUCUCUAUCUUCCUCUGCGAGUUUUGUUUACCGCAGAGUCCUUCUCUCUAUCCAGCAACAUCAUCGUAGACACGGCAACCUUUCAUCUCAGGUUUAUCUUGGAUGACUCUGCACUGUACCUGUCAGAUAAAUGUGAAGGCGAUACGGUGGAUUUGAGACGAGACUAUGUGUGCGUGUUAGACAUCGAUCUGUUGGAGUUGGCCAUCACCACAUGGAAAGGAACGGACUCCAGUAAACCAACCCAGCCGCUGUUCGAGCUUCGCUGUUCCAAUAACGUCGUUCACGUGCACACCUGCGCAGACUCGUGCGCUGCUCUGGUCAACAUUCUGCAGUACCUGGUCUCUCAGGGCGACCUUCAUCCUCCACCCCGCCACACGUCUCCCACAGAAAUUGCCGGACAGAAGCUUCCGCUAUCCGAAAGUCCCGCCUCCCUGCCUUCCUGUCCACCAGCGGAGACGGCGGAGAUUAAUCAGUAUGACCUCACGGAUGCCUUAAUUGACACAGAGAGAAUCCUGCAGGAAGACGGACAAGAUUCUGCAGGCUCUCCCUCCAUCCGUCGAGCCUCACCUGUCUCGGUCUACUUGUUCCCGGGAGAAGCCCCUAAACCCCGCCCCUCUGUAUUGGAAGGGGAGGAGUCUGAUCUUGACGGACUGGUAACCACAGCUAUGGAGGUUCAUGCGGAUGUGAUGUCAGAGGACGGCUCCGAAGGUUCCACCGACAAUGACGACUUUUGCAUCCUAGAAGCUCCUGGGAUGGGCAUUCCGCCUAGAGAUGGUGAGCCUGUGGUGACGUUGCUGUCCCACGACCCUAUAAAGGUCCGUGAUGGCUAUUUCUCACGGCCACGAGGCAGUUCAGACCUGCUGCGUGCUCCGGUCCGGUUUCCGGUGCCUCAGAAUAGAGUUGUGCUCCGAGAAGUAUCCAUUAUAUGGCACCUGUACGGUGGGAAAGAUUUCGGCGGCAAACCCAGCUCCGCUCACACACAGCACAGUCAUAAGGUUCGAGCAGCCGCUCCCGGCGCACGCGGAUCCCCUUCUCGUUCGGUCGGACCUUCGCGGCCCCAAAAUUCUUGGCGCUGGGUUGGAGGAAGUGGCAGGCAGCACACGCUGCUCAUGGAGAUACAACUCACCAAGGUCAGUUUUCAACAUGAGACGUACCAAGUGCUGUCGCCCUCGGGGCAGGAUGCAGAGGGGGCGGGGCUUGGAGAGCAGCCUAUUUCCCGUCAGGUGUUUAUUGUGCAGGAGCUGGAGGUGAGAGACCGACUGGCUUCCUCUCAAAUCAACAAGUUCCUGUACCUGCACACCAGCGAGAGCAUGCCGCGCAGAGCACACUCCAACAUGCUCACUGUCAAAGCACUACAGGUGAUGCCUGAAUCGGGUCUGGGCGGUCCCGAAUGUUGUCUGAGAGUGAGUCUAUUACCACUGCGACUCAAUAUAGACCAGGAUGCACUUUUCUUCCUAAAGGACUUUUUCAGUACCUUGGCAGCAGGGGUUAAUCCGUACCUACCCGUCGACCCUGCGGCUGAGGUUAAGACUGAUGCUCCUCUGAAGCAUCCGGACGACACAGAUCCUGCCUCUGCAUUGGGUCCCGAUCUUGCAGCCUCCGUAGAAACGACCUAUAGUGAGCAGAGUUCCUCUUCUGCUGGCUCCUCCUCAUCCUCUGACCAACCAAUCUACUUUAGAGAGUUUCGCUUCACUUCAGAAGUCCCCAUCUGGCUGGACUAUCAAGGAAAGCAUGUGGUCAUUGAGCAGGGAACGUUUGCAGGCAUUCUGAUUGGUCUGGCUCAGCUGAACUGUUCUGAAUUGAAGCUGAAGAGAUUAUGUUGUAGACAUGGGCUGCUGGGUGUUGAUAAGGUGAUUCAAUACGCUGUGAACGAGUGGCUUGCUGACAUCAGGAAGAACCAGCUGCCGGGGAUUUUGGGAGGUGUCGGACCCAUGCAUUCUGUCGUACAACUAUUUCACGGCGUACGAGAUCUCUUCUGGAUGCCCAUUGAACAGUACAGGAAGGAUGGACGCAUUAUUCGAGGGCUCCAGAGGGGGGCAGCAUCAUUCGGCACCUCCACAGCCUCUGCGGCCCUGGAGCUCAGCAACAGACUUGUGCAAGCGAUUCAAGCCACUGCUGAGACCGUGUAUGACAUCUUAUCUCCCACUCCUCCUCUGACACGUUACAUUACAGAGGGACGGCCCACCUCGCGUCCAAGGCGCACCCCUCAACCAGCUGAUCUCAGAGAGGGUGUGGCCAAGGCCUAUGACACCGUCAGAGAAGGAGUGAUUGACACAGCUCACACCCUGUGCGAUGUGGCAUCUCGCGGGCACGAGCAGAAAGGUCUUCCCGGAGCUGUGGGUGGGGUUUUGCGCCAAAUCCCACCCACGGUCGUCCGCCCCCUAAUAGUUGCCUCGGAGGCCACAUCCAACCUGCUCGGAGGCAUGAGGAACCAAAUUAAACCGGAUGCCCGGAAAGAGGACUUCUUAAAAUGGCGCACAGAAGACGGUCAAGAAUGAGAUUGACGUGGACUUAAAAGUCGUCAGAUUUUUGUUAGCGUGAAUGUUGAAGCGAAGUAUGAAUGUUAGUUUAUCUGUGAGCACCAAUGCAAAAACAUAGGACAACAAACUCGACAUUUUUUUUAAAUAGCUUCCUCACGGUUGCACACUUUGUCUUGUGCAAUGCAAAUGUUUUCGUUUUGCACUUUGCUACAGUGAAUCUCUCCAGAUAGCCAAGUGCAGCUCGUCUUCAUCUUGACGUACGUGUAUAAAGAAGUAUGCAAUCAUAUCGGUUUGCAACACGGUUUACCUGUGAGCUCAAGACCAGAUGUUUUCCCUACUCAUUCAGCAUUGGGUUGAAUCAAUAUUUCCCCUGAAAAGUAUUACUUGAAGAUUAACAAAUCUCUGAUUUAGGUAAGGUGAAAACGCUCAUUACGUGACUAUAUUCUGGUGGCCUUACUAAAUUUUGUGAGUGAUUCUUUGACCUCUGAUUGUGUUUUUAAGCACAGUCGAAUUUCCUGGUGUCCUAGUGCCAUAAUUAUAUUAACAUAAACACUUUAAAUCUCUCCCUCUCCCUCUCCCUCUCCCUCUCCCUCUCCCUCUCUCUCUCUCUCUCUCUCUCUCUCUCUCUCUCUCUCUCUCUCUCUCUCUCUCUCUCUCUCUCUCUCUAACUUUUUCUGUCUUUAUUAGUAAGGGAAGCCCAUUUUUAUUUGUAACUUACUAUGUUUCAGAAUGCAUUUUUUUCUUAUGAAAACAUGUCUGACAUACAUGAUACCUAAGCAUUAUAGAAAAUAAAAAAUGCAAAAUUAGCAAUGUUACAUUAGUUAAAUGACAAAAGUACAUCACCCCUCUAUAAAUUAAAGAGAUCCAUUGUUAUUUUUUAAAAUAUGCUCAUUUUCCAGCUCCCCUAGUGUUAUACAUUUGAUUCGUACCGUUUUGGAAUCCAUUCAGCUGAUCUCCGGGUCUUGUGCUAACACUUUUAGCAUAGCUUAGCACAAUCCAUUGAAUCUAACUAGACCAUUAGCAUCGUGCUAAAUAACCUGACUCUUCUGUAGUUACUGUACAUCGUGUAAUAAGACCGACGGAAAAUUAAAAGUUGUGAUUUUUUUUAUUUUAGGCCGAUAUGGCUAGGAACUAUGCUCUCAUUCUGGCGUAAUAAUCAAGGACUGUGCUGCCGUAACAUGGCUGCAGGAGGUGCAAUGAUAUUACCCAGCAGCUGAAAAUAGUCCCCUUAGGAUCUGUCAAUAGCAGGGGAUAAUAUUGCGCCUGCUGCAGCGAUUUUAAUUUUUCGAUGUAACUACAGAAGAGUCAAGUUUUAAAUAGGAAAAUAUCGAAACUCUUUGGUUAUUUUUGAGUGCAAUGCUAAUGGUCUAAUCAGAUUCAAUGGAUUGUGCUAAGCUAUGCUAAAAGUAACGCCAGACCCGGAAAUUGGCUGAAUAGAUUCCAAAACGGUAAAAAUUAAAUGUUUAUUAAAAUUGGCAUAUUUUUUUAAAAAAAAGUGGAGUGUCCCUUUAACUAAAUGCUUUCAGGCAUUUUACCUUGAACUGUUUUCAAUACAGAUUUUAGUUAUACUGUAAUACAGUGAUUUAUUUUGCUAUAUUAUUGUAAAAAAAAAAAGUUACUGGAUUGCAUUCAUUUCUUUUUUUUAGUAGUAGUAAAAUCAGCAAAAAGCAGAGCAACAUUUUUGGGAUAACAUUUAUCAAAUGUGCUUGACUUUCCCCAAAAUAGGCCUUUUAUUUUAAAGGCAAACACCACUGUUUUUCAAUAUUUUACUAUGUUCUUACCUCAACUUAUACAAAUUAAUACAUACCUAUCUUUUUUUCAAUGCGUGCACUUAAUCUUUGUACAGUGCAUCGUGAAUGUGUUCGCAUUUAGCCUAGCCCCAUUCAUUCCUUAGGAUCCAAACAGCAAUGAAUUUAGAAGCCACCAAACACUUCCAUGUUUUCCUAUUUAAAGUUACAUGAGUAGUUACACAAGUAAGUAUGGUGGCACAAAAUAAAACGUGGCGAUUUUGUUAGCGGAUAAAAAAUAAGAACUAUAUAGUAAGGUGGAAGAGCACUUAGUUUGCAGCACUUCGGCAUGCAAUAACAACAUCACUCCUGACAACUCCCCCUCUCGCUCAAACAAUAUAGUUCUCUUUUUUUUAUCCAUUUAUGUUUAAUUUGUGUUUAAAAGGGAUAACGUGAAAGUGUUUGGUGGCUUCUAAAUUCGUCCAUGUUUGGAUCCUAAGGAAUGAAUGGCGCUAGGCUAAAUGCUAACACAUGUACGACUCGCCGUACACAGAUUAAGUGUACGCAUUCAAAAAAGAUGGGUAUGUAUAAAUUCAUCUAAGUUGAGGUAAGAACUGUAAAUAUUGAAAAACAGUGUUGUUUUCCUUUAAGCAAAACUCUUAAUUGACCCUAACAUGUCCUUGACUAAUUUUGUGUGCUUUACCCUUAAUUUAGAAACUUCCCUCCAAACCAAACAUGCUUGCUUUCAUUUCAUUAAAUGCCGCCUUGUUUUCAUUUUUAUUUUGUAUUUCUGGCUAAUGAAAUGUAAAGGUGAUGUUGAUCAUUCGAUGCCCUUUCUCUCUCUCUCUUUCUCUUUAUUAAUUGUAUAAUGUAUGCGGGAUGUGAGUUUUGGGUAUUUUGUGAGUUUAUGUGUACAGUGUGUGUUCGGAGUGAGUGUGUGUAAGAACAUGCAUGUUGUGUAUUGAUGGUUGUGACUGGUUGCCUGUGUGAUUUGUGGCUACCAGUGUACAUUUAUUACGUCUGUAAUUACAAUAUCACACGCUGUAAGAAUUACCUGUAUAGUACCAAGACAAUGCGUAAACAAAUUAAUACAAAAAAAUAAAUUGUGCAUUAGAAAAACA